AGCCACGCAGAAAACCAGCGGCAGCAGCACUAAGCAAGAGCAGGAAGUGGUGGUUUCCCGUGUAGAAAUAGGGGCGUAGCCAGGCAGAACGGCAGACGAAGGAACCCAAGGAGGAAGAAACAGCCCCAGUGGGUUGGGGAUGCAAGAACCCGAACCGGUGGCCAAGCAAGAGACAGAAAGAUGGGGAUUUGGCCCUCUCGGCGACUGUGGGAUUAAACACCAGACGAACCAAAAAAGGUGCAGGAGCCCUGAUCUCUUUUUCACCUAGCUGCCCUAGCCGGAAAGGAAUCUCCAGUGAGCAGGUCAGGAGCAAGCAAAGAAAAUGGAGCAGGAAAUGGAUUUGAUGGAAGAAAGAGAGAUGCUGGUGGGAGCUGAUCCUGGUACAAGAAUUUCAGAAGAACAGACCCAGGCGUCCUGUCAAGAUGACCUCAGCAUCCAGCCAAUCCAGGGAGCUCUGUUGCGUCCAAGGCAGAGAAAUCGGCAGCAUGAGUCCGCACGGCCCUGGAAGUCUCUGCCAGCCACCCCUACAGGGGAGCUUGAGAAAGACACACCGGUCUACUUCUCUUCCCUGACGUCUCUCCAGGCGGAGGAGUUUUUCGAUAUGGUGGCCAAGGUCCAAGCCCGGAGGCUCAAUGAUCAACGUGCUGAUUUUGCAGAACCUGAAGAUGCAAGUGAGGAGAACCCGGGGGUCUCAGAAGAUCAGCUCUAUGACACCAUACUAGCCCAUCAGAGCCAGCGCAUCGAGGACCAGCGCACUGAGCCCCCCAUCCCGGUAGGAAUUCAGGGCCUGCUGGAUCUGCUGCUCAGAGCCCAAGGGGCCCGGAUGGAAGAUCAGCGCUCAGCUCUUCCUCCUGGCCUGGCUGCCCCAUCCUUGCUCGCGGGGCAGCCCUCUUUCCUGCACAGCGUAUGAAUCCGUCGCCCGACGGCCUCCUUUCAACAGCCGUGGUUCUAGAGACGCCAGACGCGGCCCCCAAAUGUGAAACUCCGCCAGACCUAAACUAAAGGUACUCGGGACUGAGAAGCCGAGCUGUGCCGUGUCAAAAAAAUUUGCACAGCGGAGGGGACCCUGCAGCAAAGGUGGACGAAACGAAGGCUGGCUGUCUGCAGACGCGGCAUCGCAAACUGCUAUUUUUUCCCCGACCACGUUUUUCCCCGUCCUUCCUAAUCAACGGUGGAGUUGCCUUCCACCCGCCGCCUGGCAUGAAGCCUGCACUGGCAGCAGCAACAGCAGUAGCCCAAAAAAUGUAUUGAAGAUACGUUUGAGAGCCAGGGUGGGACUCUCAGCUUAAUCUGCCCUAUAGGGUGGUGGUUGUUGUGAGGAUAAAAUGAAGAGGAGGAGGACCAGGUAAAUUGCCUUGGGUCCCUUGCAAGAGGAAGAAAGGUAGAAAAUAGAAGUAAUAAUAAACAAACAAAUCGAUCAACAUUAAGAGCCAUGAAAUGUAAAAAAAAAAGAGAGAGAGAGAGAGAGAAGUGAGUUUUUGAGUUUCAAAGAACUCUGGUUGGUUGUUAAAACACAAAGGCAGGAGAAAGGAAAAAAGAGGAAGGGUUUUUAAGCUUCAUCCCACGUACCUGCUUCCCUCGGAUUAUCAUAGAAUCAUAGAAUAGCAGAGUUGGAAGGGGCCUACAAGGCCAUCGAGUCCAACCCCCUGCUCAAUGCAGGAAUCCACCCUAAAGCAUCCCUGACAGAUGCUUGUCCAGCUGCCUCUUGAAGGCCUCUAGUGUGGGAGAAGAGCCCACAACCUCCCUAGGUAACUGAUUCCAUUGUCGUACUGCUCUAACAGUCAGGAAGUUUUUCCUGAUGUCCAGCUGGAAUC